UGUGUUUUCAGCAUGCCUUCACCAGCUGUGAAAUGGAUGCUGCUGUGUACGCUGACAGUCUGGAUGGCGUGUGCCUGCAUGCUGAAGAAUCACACCUUACUGAUUGAGAAGCAUGACUGUGCCCAGUGCGUGGCUGUCAACACUACUAUCUGCAGUGGCUACUGUUUCACCCAGGACACCAAUUUGAAGGGACGGUUUGGGAGGCUUUUCCUCAUCCAGCGUAGCUGUGUGCCUCUCGGCCUGGUGUACCAUGCCGCCUGUGUGCCGGGCUGCCCUCAGGGUGUAAACCCACAGGUUUAUUAUCCCGCAGCCCAUCGGUGCAGCUGCAGGCGCUGUGACACGCGCACACACCACUGCAUCCCCGCCAGGCCAUUCUCUUACAACCAGUGCAGCAAGACCAUCGGCAGUAUCUGAUGUAAACGAUCCAGCUGUCGGACUUGCUGGAUCAGCAGUGUUUCUGCUUGUUGAUGCUACUGUAGUGCGUCUCUGCUCAUGUUGUCUUCUCCAGCUUGUUAGGCAAGAUGUUGCAAUAAAACACUAUGUUGAGCAUGCAUUAUAGCUUACUUGUGAAUUGUAACGCCUGUGUAAGCUAAUGAAACAAGAAGGAACGUAUGGAAAUAAGUGAGUGCAUUUGCGCUAAAGUUAAAUUUGUGUGCUGACAGAAUUAGUACAUACGUGUUCUAGGCCAGUGGUGGAAGAUGUAUUAGUAAAGGUACAGUGAAAAUGUGGAAAUGUACAGUGAAAAGUGCACUGAAAAAGUUACCCCAGUAAAAGUAUGUAAACAGGAAAAUGUAUUCAGUGU